UAUACACUGCCCAGGAUACGUCUCGCGUGUUGUAUACGAAGCCGCUUACAUUUAAGCAUCAUAUUAUUGUGGCACGUCGCGGCGAUGAUCGCACUUAUAGUGGCUGCGAGGUAAUAUACACAUUUUCAGCUGUAUAUAGAGCCAUUGUGCAUUCGAGUUCGAAUUUAUGGUCUAUUUUAAUCGCAGCAUUGAUACGUAGCUAUUUUUCAGAGCCUGUCGAAAGCCCGAAAUAUUUUUUUUCUUCAAAUUUUUAAUUUAAUUUCGAUCAAAUAUAAUUUUUGAAAAUUAUAGAUCAUUGAAUAGCAGGUAAAUCAUGUGAUUUCUUCAAUAAGUUAUAAUCCUCAGCCUUGUUUGUUUACAUAAUUAGUACGUUCAAAAAUUUAGGUCAUGAUUUGUAAAUAUUAUUAAAUUUCACUUAGUUGAUUUGAUGUGUGGCUUUAGUACAGAAAAGUCGUUCGCUGUCGAAAUAUCAAAAGCGAGAAAGAUGGAAUCUUCAAAUGACAUUUUCAACGGCUCCGUAAGGGUUAAACAGGAGCCCAUUGACGUAACGCCAAUUGAAAAUGAAAUUCACGAAAUGGUUGACGAGAAACCGGACGUUAAAAAUUUUCAAUUUCAUACAUUUCGGCGAGAAAAUCCAACCGAAACUCACGAUGACUUGGAAAUAACGUUCGAGUGUCAGGACGUAAAGCCCAGCGUGGGUUCAUUAGUCGUAAAAAAACUUGACAAUUAUUCUCACUUACAGAAUAUGAUGUAUAGCGAUGAUUGUAAGAUUCAAAAUAGUAUAAAAAUAGAAAAUGAAGUGGUACUAGGAGAAGAAUCAUUGGGAGAUGAAGCAAAAAAAUUAAUUGUGAAUUACGGCUGUGAAAUUAGCAAGCGAAAUGAAAAGAAAAAUAUAACAGAAGAGUUUAGUCACAAUCAUAGAUCCAAAACGAAUAUUAACACGGUGUUAAAUGGUGUCACACAUGCAUGCGAUAUAUGUGACAAGAAAUUCAAACGAAAAUAUGCACUCAAAAUCCACAUCGAUGCUGUGCACAAUGGUAUCACUUAUGAAUGUAAUAAAUGUAGAAAGUCAUUUGCACGAAAGGAGAGUCUUCAAAUACAUAUCAAUGCGAUGCACAAUGGUGUGAGCCAUGCAUGCGAUAUGUGCCCAAAGACAUUCGGCACAAAGACUAAUCUCAAAAACCACAUCGAUUCCGCGCACAAUAAAAUUACACAUGCAUGUGAUAUUUGUGAAAGAACAUUCCUCCACAAAUGCAGUCUCAAAAACCAUAUGGAUGCGAUGCAUAAUAGUAUCACAUAUGCAUGCCAUGUAUGUGAAAAGAAAUUCAAAUACAAACAUAAACUCAAAAUCCACAUGGAUUUCGUGCACAAUAAAAUUACGCAUGCAUGUGAUAUUUGUAAAAAGACAUUCUCAACUAAAGGUAACCUCAGAUGCCAUAUGAAUGCGAUGCAUAAUAGUAUCACAUAUAAAUGUAAUAAAUGUAGAAAGUCAUUUGCACGAAAGGAGAGUCUUCAAAUACAUAUCAACGCGAUGCACAAUGGCGUUGCGUACGCAUGCAAUAAAUGUGAAAAGACAUUCACACAAAAGGGAAGUCUCAAAAUCCACAUCGAUUCCGUGCACAAUAAAAUUACGUACGCAUGUGAUAUUUGUGAAAAGACAUUCUCAACUAAAGGUAACCUCAAAUUCCAUAUGGAUGCGAUGCAUAAUAGUAUCACACACGCAUGCGAUGUGUGCGGAAAGACGUUCAAGUACCAACAUAUACUCAAAUUCCACGUCGAUGCAGUACACAAUGGUGUCACUUAUGAAUGUAAUAAAUGUGCAAAGUCAUUUUCACGAAAAGGUAGUCUCCAAAGACAUAUCAAUGUAUUGCACAAUGGUGUUGCUUAUGCAUGCGAUAAAUGUGAAGAGACAUACACACAAAAGGGAAAUCUCAAAAUCCACAUCGAUUCCGUGCACAAUAAAAUUACGCAUGCAUGUGAUAUUUGUGAAAAGACAUUCUCAACUAAAGGUAACCUCAGAUGCCAUAUGGAUGCGAUGCAUAAUGGUAUUACUCAUUCUUGUGAUAUCUGUGGAAAAAAAUUUGGACAAAAAUCAAAUCUUAAAGCUCACAUUGCUAUGGCACAUCGCUCACGCAUCAACAAAAAAUAAAUGAUUCAAAUUUGUCUUCAAUAGUGUCAAAAUCCGCGAUAAACCAUCAGUGUAAUUUUUUUUCAGGAAAUUUACUGAAAUUUUUAUUUCCUACGAUACUAUAAAUCCCUCCUAUUGUAUGUAAUCUGACCCGUUAUCAAUAAAUUUAACUCGCUCGCUUUUCACUUUAAUCCAUGCUUCAAAAUUUUAAUUGAUUAAUUAUAUGUCUAUGCUAAUU